CACCGAUCAGAGGAAAGAGCCGAUGACGUCGGCUCUGUCAUGUGAUCAUCUGUGUCCAAUCACAGCGAUCGCAUGUAAAUAAGGAAAUGCCAGUUAUCGGCAAGGGGACAUCUACACUGAUCAUCAGGGUAAUGAUGAUCAGUGUAGCCCCAUCAGUGCCACCUGUCAGUGCCCAUUAGUGUACAUCAAUGCCACAUAUCAGUUCCUACCAGUGCACAUCAAUGCUACAUAUCAGUGCCCAUCUGAGCUGCCUUUUAGUGCCACCUAUCAGUGAGUGCCCCCUGAGUGCUGCCUUUCAGUGCUACCUUUCAGUGACAGUCAGUGCUGCCUUUCAGUGCCCGUCUAUG